AUGAACAACUUCCUGGUGAGGGUCCAAACGGACGACGACCAAAUUAGAGAUGAACUUCACAACCAAUUCGCUCAGAACUUUUUUUCGGGCAACCCUCCCAAACAGGCGCCACACGAUUGCCAACAAUGGGAGGAAGUGCCAAGGUAUGUUCUCACCGAGAGUUACGUUGACACAUAUUUGACUCCGUUUUUGAUUAAAAGUGACGAGGGGGGUCCCUAUCACUGCGUGGUUUGUCAGCUGGACGUGCGGCGGGGGGCGAGCGCGGUUAAGGAGGACACCACCGCUAACGAGGUCUCCACGGUUAAGGAGGACACCACCGCUAACGAGGACACCACCGCUAACGAGGACACCACCGCUAACGAGGUCUCCACGGUUAACGAGGUCUCCACGGUUAACGAGGUCUCCACGGUUAACGAGGUCUCCACGGUUAACGAGGUCUCCACGGUUAACGACGACAGCACCGCUAACCAUGUGACCCCCACUAGUAGCGGCAAAGGCUCCAGUGGCGCCGAGACUGAUCAGCGACCACUGCUGCUGCAUCUUUGCGCGUCGCACAUCUACUUCGAAGACAUGGAGGCGGAGAACUUCCGCGAGAAGACAGAUCAGCAGGGGAAGCACUUCCGAGAGUACAAGAUAAAAAACAGGGAUGUGCUCCUGGUUCACGGCAUCUGCAGCUACCCCGACGGGGACUGCUGUCCAGGAAGCAACAACGUAAAAGGCUUAUAUGACUAUAUUAACCAGAACAAAGGGGACAUAGAAAGCGCGCUGAACAGACUUGAAGGAAGUUUCUUCCUCCUCUAUGUCCAUUAUUCAGACGGGCACGCAAAGAUGUACUUCUUUAAUGACGCGUGGGGGAUGAAAUCAGUCAUCUUCUUCUACGAGGAGUCAUCUAUCGUGGUAACAAAUUCAUAUGGACUGUUCAUUCACUACGAUUUUAAUUUUAUCAAAAGAAAUGGAGUCAAUUACUUGUUUGAUAGCUCCUCUGUUGAGGAACAACUCAACUUGAUUCACCACGAUGGGGUGUUUCGACGAAACGAUAAGGUUCUUCCUGCGUGGAGUGGGUCCCCCACAAGGUGUCCCCAACGCGAAGGAGGAGAUCUGACCCUCCAAAGUGUCAUCAACGAGAACGUAGGAAUACAGAUAAGCCCAUAUCACAUGUACAGCUUAAACGUAUUUCAAAAAAAGAAAGUAACUCUAAACAGGAUCGCUAAAAGGAAUAGCAUCUACACCAAGUAUACCGAGUGGAGUGGUGAUCACCUCUCCGUUGAAGAGAAUUUUAAUCGUAUCUGCAACUUUGUUGAGAGGAAUGACUCCACACACUGUGGCUAUCCAGAGGAGGAGUGGACUCUCCUAAAAUGUACCAUUCAGGAAUGGGUGAAGAAGUAUGUUCAUGGGGACGCAGACCAACGGAGGGACGCCCAGACGGUGCUAAACAACAGUUUUGUUCAUCUCUAUAUGAAAUUGCUAAGUGGAGUCAUCGAGAGGAAGAUCGAGCAACUUCUCUCCAACUGGAAAGACAAAUCCAUAGUAGGGACAAAUCGCCUGAACGGUGACGGUGAAAAUGAAAAAAAAAAAGAAACAGAGAAGUGUGUUGUCGAGAACGUCCCAUUCAAAGUUCAACGCGACGACGUCGAGGGGAAAGUCAAAUCAGUGGGGAUCCUUUUCUCGGGAGGGAUAGACUCAACCCUGCUCGCGUUAACGACGAUAAGGGCGUACUUCAGUCGGUAUAGAGAUGGCUACGUCGAGCUCAUAAAUGUCUGCUUUGACGACAAUGCGGUUGACCGGUACACCUCCCUAAUAUCGUAUGAACAGAUUAUAAAGUUGCACCCCCACUACGACAUCAGGUUAGUCUUUGUUGACGUCUCCGCAGAGGACUUACUCAAAUACGAGCGGCUUAUUUUCUCGUUAAUGUCCCCAAACAGCACUACUAUGGAUUUCAACAUAUCUGCUGCCUUCUUUUUCGCCAAUUUGGGGAGGGGGGUCCUUUUUCCGCGUUCCUUUUUUCAGCGCCCGGAGUGGGCCUACAUAAGGGGGUGGGCCUCCCGCGUGCUCAACGUGGGAGAAGCCACUGCGAGGGAAGCAACCGCGACGGAGGUAGCCGCCACAAAGUCCAAAUGCAGGCAGUGCGACUUCGUCAUGAGCAGGAAGUGCGUGCACAGAUGCUGCUCCGCCUGCUGCAGGAAGCUUCGGUACGUCUACCGGAGAGAAUUUUCCAAGGGGGUGCCAUCUCAGGAGCGCCCCUACGAGGAGGCACCACAGAGUGGCGACAUGUACCAAACGGAACGCGACACAAACGAGAAGAGAAACGUCGAACGGAACCAUAGCGAGAGAUCCCUCUAUCUCAUUGUGAAGAAGAAAAAGGUCCUAAUUAACUUUGAGCUCUUUCCUGAGUGCCCCGCGCACAAGGAGAGGAUGUACGAUUAUGAUCGGAUCGACUCGCUCUUCAGGGAUUUCAACAAGGAGAUUGAUAAGAGACAGCUUCAUAAGGGGGUGCUUCCUAAUAAGGAGCCUGGCACGGAGCUGUACGAGGAAGGACAACCAAACGGCAGUGCACCUGGGCGCGCCGAGAUGUUUAGAGACACAUCCUAUACCGACUUCAUCGACCAGUUUGUCGCCAAACACGCGGAAAACGAUCCCCUGAAAUUUGAACAAAUAAAGAGCCUCUUCUACGUUAAGUCGAAAAGGAAGGAACAUAAUGGGAUUACUAUGAAGCAGCAACGAAAGGCAAAACUAUUCAUAGAAGAGUCUCCCAAGAAAGAGGAGACAUUGAAUUAUCUCAAGAGAGACCUAUACCAUAGUGGCAGUGGCUCCCACGGAAUGGCACAACAGAGUUCGUAUCAGUGCCUCCACCAGCUACUAAUCAUAGGUAGUGGAGCCGAUGAGUUGUUUGGAGGCUACUACCGCCAGAACAACGUACAUUUGGCAAGAGGCAAAUCCAAAGAGACAACACAUUUUAAGAGAAAGGAAAUGAUAAAAGACAUGAGAAGAAUCUGGAACCGAAAUCUGUAUCGAGAUGAUCGUAUAUUAAGUUUUACUAGCCUUUCUGCUAAGGUCCUUUUUUAUCCAUACUUGGAUAUGACCCUCGUGGAUUUCCUCUUUCUGGUAUCAUUUUACAUGAUAGAGGCUCCCCUUGGGGGAUCGGCACAGACGCAAGGAGGGUGCGGCUUUCCGAAGAGUGUGGCAAACGGAGGACCCUCAAACGGGCGAUGCUUAAUGCGAUGCUCAAUGCCAUGCUCAGUGCGAUGUUUAUCAGAAAAUCUCGACGAAUGUUCCCGCCUGUAUGAAUUCAUUAGAACCCAUCGAGUUAGCAAAUGGGUUCUACGCAUGGCAAUCUUCUUCUCAAAGUGCAAAGAGGUGAUGUUUUUCAAAAAAAAAGCUAUUCAGUUCGGCUCCAAAUCGAAGAACGUGCAGAUCUACCUGCGGGAGUGGAUCUCCCAUCAGGGGGGGAAGCUCACAGGUGGGGCGGUUGCUACAGAUGGGGAAGUGGCCCCGGAGGAGGUGGAGUCGGAGCAGCGCCACGCUUCUUGCAAACGGCUCCUCCCGAGUGACAAAAAAAAGGGCACAGACAGGUACACCCUCCUCUCCUGA